AAAAAUGUCCAAAGCCCCCGCCAAAAAACUCACCGAAGAAGAAAAAGCCGCCAAACACGGCGCCCUCGUCGUCUUCGGAUCCGGCCCAGGCAUCGGCCGCAACAUUGCCGCACUAUUCGCAGAAAAAGGUUUCAGCAAAAUUUACUUGUUAUCGCGUAAUCAAGAACGUCUCCAAGAAGACAUUGAUUUUGUGAAAAACCACGCCGCAUCCGCAUCUGCAUCCGCAUCCGCAUCUUCGACUCCCAAAGUCGACGGGAAAGCUGACGCUGAGACGACGACGACGAGUUGUAAAGCGAUUGCAGUGGAUUUGGAGGAUCCGGGAAAAGUGAGGGCUGCGUUGGCGGAGUUGGAUGGGAGAUUACAUGGGAAAUCUUUGGAGUGUGUGGUGUUUAAUGCGGCGAGGGUUGGGGGGAGUAAAUUGAUGGAGUGGAGUGCUGUGAAUUAUGAGGCGGAUUUGAGGAUCUCCGUCGUCAGCAUGUUAAUGGUCGCCCAAUGGGCCAUGCCCCAACUCGUCGCCGCCGGCAAAAAAGAAUACUACACACCCGCAUUCCUCGUGACCAGUGGAGGACUCUACAAGAAUCCCUUUCCCGCAUUCUUCUCCCUCGCCUCCUGCAAAGCAGCGCAAUACAAUCUCCUGCACAGCCUGCACAAAGAAUACGGCCCCAAAGGCGUCCACUGCGCGGCCCUCGUGGUCGAGGGAAAAGUUUCCGAAGAAGCGCAAGUCACGACUCCGAAGAAUAUUGCUCUCGAGGCGUGGAAAUUGUUCGAGGAGCCCGCGCCGGGAGAACUGGAUGCUACGAUUCAGGAUCCGGAUUAUUUGGAGUGGGUUAAGAAGGUGGAGGGUUGA